GUUCUUUGAACUCUGGACGCAUCACCCUAUUCCAUUUAUUCAGUCUCCUCAUCUAUAUUUAUUCGAAUUUAUCAAUAAUUUUCUCCGCGGCUCUCAACUAUGAAAUAUGUAAUUAUUAUCACACUACGACACUCUCUGCAUAAACGAUGAUUCAAGUAUAUUGCGGCUUCUUACGUAAUAUACCUACUUAUUAUUCAAGCACACUUGGAAGUCGAGAUGAUAUAAACAAUAUGUAUACAUUCGAGAAAAAUAUUACUAGAUAUUCGAACGGCGACUCGUUAGGAUCAUUACAAAUCAAGCUCUCUCUCUCUCUCGUUGGCGGACGACCAAGUUGGUCUAUACGUUCUCUGAUCCUCGCUGUUCUAUUUUGGUGUGCCGAUGGUGUGCCGGAACUUUUUCGUGCACAGAAACAGAGAUACCUCCGACGCGGCAUCACAUACGCUUCUAUAAUUCUGAGAAUAGUAUGUAUAAAGAAGUUCACCAUCAGGAAAUCAAACACGAGUGCUCGCGAUCGGGAGGACUCCACGCUUAUCCCGAUCACUUUAGGGAGCCGUAUCUUUAAAUCAUAAAACCACCGUUCGAUUUAUGAACAUCUGAAGGUUCCUGUCGUCCUCUGGUAGGACUUUGUAUAUAGUGUAUAUAGAAUUGUUUACGACGAGAACGAAGGGAAUCCCCUGCUGGAAGAAGACAAGAGCGAUUUUGAGGGAUCGUAUACCUGUCACACGGGGAAAAGUCAGCUGUAAAGUUAUCCUAUAAAAAUCUUGCACUGUCCUACACGCGCAUCUUUAACUACACGCAUCAGCGGUAAUAAAAGAGAGAAGAAAAUAAUCGAACGCAUCAUGAAGCAAGGAACGUCGGAAGAUUUUUCACUUGGCUGGAAGCUGCUUUCUGCCGGCACCGCAGCCUGCAUCGCCGAUUUAGCUACCUUUCCGCUGGACACCGCCAAAGUCAGAAUGCAGAUUGCAGGAGAAGGGCAAGCCAUGUUGUUGUCGGCGGAAGGUUCGGUCCUUGCAGUAAGAGCGCAGCCGGGAUUGAUCCAGACCAUCGCUAACAUCGUCAGAUUCGAAGGCGCAAGGAGGCUGUACGGAGGUCUGUCCGCGGGACUCCAGAGACAGAUGUGUUUCGCCAGCAUACGGUUGGGCCUCUACGACAGCGUGAAGGCACUCUACGCUGGAUUUUUCGACGUGGAUAAUAACAGCACAUCGUUGAAUAUUGGCGUACGGAUCGCCGCAGGACUCACAACGGGUGCUUUGGCGGUGUUUAUUGCUCAGCCGACUGAUGUCGUCAAGAUCCGUUUGCAAGCUGGAAAUAAUGGGCGAACGACGGUGAGGUAUAGCUCCACAAUGCAAGCUUACAAGAAUAUCGCUUGCCAGGAAGGCGCGAAAGGUCUUUGGAAAGGAACUAUGCCGAACGUCUCGCGGAACGCUAUCGUGAACGUGGCGGAGAUAGUCUGUUACGAUGUCAUCAAGGAUCUCAUCCUGGCCAGCGGCUAUCUCCGCGAUGGGGUACCCUGUCACCUGACGGCGGCGACGGCCGCAGGACUCUGCACCACCCUGGCCGCGAGUCCUGUGGACGUGGUGAAGACGCGUUACAUGAACAGCGCCGCCGGCGAGUACAAGGGCGCGAUAGACUGCGCUAUCAGGACCUUCGUCCAGGAGGGUCCGUUAGCAUUUUACAAGGGUUUCAUACCGAGUUUCGCGCGUCUAGUAUCCUGGAAUAUCGUGCUCUGGGUGACGUACGAGCAGAUCAAAUUGCAGAUGAAGCAGUACCACGUAUCGAAUAAAUAAGAUCCUUUUGUUCGCCGAUUAUUAUUUCUUGUGAGCUGGGAUAAGAUCAUAGCAUAAAGAUCCCAUUGUAAUACUUGCGCUGUUUUUAUCGAAAUUAAUAUUUUCUGUAGAGAAUUAGCAUUUGCUUACGUGCAGAUCAACUUAUUGUUAGAUGAAUCGGAAAUUCUUAUUCCGCCAGCACGUGUUAAUCAUAAGAUACGAUACCAGCUGAUGAUGACGAAAAAUAUCUUCGUAUUAUUACUUCUUUUUUCUUUUGUUUUACAUGUAAGUAUUUGCGUAUUUUUAUUGAAUUAUUCAACUUUGAAUUAGGCGACCAAAUUGAAUUUUAAGACGAAAUUGUAGUAUGACAGCAAUAAGGCUAUAAUUUUAUAUUCAGUUUAUUGAUGUGCCUUUGAUUUAAAUGCGCACAGGUGUAUAUAUUAUUUAGUAGAGAACAGUGAAGAUUUGUUAGUAAUUUGUAUUUAGCAAAGUUCGACUGUGCGUCAAUUUAGUACACUUAUAAUAAGACAAUUAGGUCAUUUCGGUGAGGUAGAUAGACGAUAAUUAAUGAAAUAGACAAUAAUGUUAUCGACGUUCAUUCCGAUAUGUCUUUGCUUAAAUAUAGUUAGAAUCUCACAGAAAAUUUGCAAUUACAACGAAUUAUAACGAUUUUUUUCAAUAUUGUUUUAAUUAAUUGAUUCGCAGACGUAACGCACAAUUUUUCAUAUACAACAAUCUGAAUUCAGUCAAUUAAUAUUGUACAGGGCACAAUUUUUAUUGUAAUUUAAUUGACGAAACUUUGCUAUUAAAACAAUAAUUUAAUCUCCGCGAACAGCGGAGCGUUAAAAUUCCUCUAGUAUCAAAUUUUACGUACAGAUAUACUCAUUUUUAUAAUAAAAUACAUCCAUAUUACUAAUUUUUAUAAGCAAUACCAAAGUGUCAUUUUAAUAUACUCGCGCAACAUAUACAAUUGUAUAUUGUAUCGCCGACUUCUGCUAAUGAUAAUGAUCCUGCUCGAUCUUAAAAUGACGUAUACAAAUAUACAAAUAUUAUAUGACUGAUUAUACUUAAUUGACAAAGUGUAUUGUUAUACCAUAAAUUAGAUUUUUUAAU